AGGCUCCUGAGCCCUGGGGGUCAGUGGAGCUGCUGUCCAGACACAGAUCAUGAGUGGCGGAUAUGAUCUCAACCUCUUCGCCAGCCCUCCCGACUGCAACUUCCUGUGCUCCGUGUGCCACGGGGUUCUCAAGAGGCCAAUGAGGUUGCCAUGCAGCCAUAUCUUCUGCAAGAAAUGCAUCCUCCGGUGGCUAGCCAGACAGAAGACCUGUCCAUGCUGCAGGAAAGAGGUGAAACAGAAAAAGAUGGUCCAUGUAAAUAAACUCCGGAGGACCAUCGGCCGCCUGGAAGUCAAGUGCAAGAACGCAGAAGCUGGCUGCUUGGUGACGUGCCCCCUGGCCCAUCGAAGGGGGCACCAGGACUCAUGCCCUUUCGAGCUGAUGGCCUGCCCCAAUGAGGGCUGCACGGCACGGGUGCCACGUGGGGCCCUGGCUGAGCACUCGCAGCGCUGCCAACGUGGGGCCCAGCAGCGUUGCCCACUGGGCUGUGGGGCCGCCCUGGGCCCGGUAGAGCGUGCACGCCACAACUGGUACAGCGAGCGGCGCGACGCCUGGACCCAGCGUCAGGAGCGCAGCCGGACCCUGGUGCUGGGCCUGCUGCGGCGCAUGCGCAAAGUGCACCGCACCACCAAUCUCAUCCGCAGGCAACUGGCCCAGCUCGGAGACUUCCUGGAGGAGGACGACGCGCUGCUCGUGGGCGCCCCGCAAGGGGAGACCGAGGCCACCCCAGAAGGCAGCAUUGGGGCCGAGGUUGGGGGGCCCAGGGCCAAGGUACCUUGUAAACAGAGGGGUAAAUAAACGCAGAGCCCAGGCCUGGCCCGUCCUGCCACCUCUGUGCUUGCCGGCCUCACAGCUUUAUCCCAUUUGACACACACAC